CGCCCUUCAACCACCUCUCUUCCCCUUCCCUCAUCCAGAAGGUCUCCUCCCCUUCCCCUUCUCUCUCUUUCCUUUGCUCAAGUAAAGAUGCCUAUCGUGCCACCGUUCAUGCUUCUGAGCACUUCCUGUGCACCAUUACAUUGACGUGCCGUCCCUAAGAGGCAAUAAAAGAGGUACCAUUGUGGCCAUCCACCCCUACAAUAGGGGGUGGGGUUCGUGUAUGCAUGCCGGGAACAGAAGCCGGCUCGUGGCAGUUCCUCAUUUGAGAUCGAUCCCUAGCCAUGGGAUAUCCGACGACGAUCGGGAAGUAUCAUCUGAAGCGCACCAUCGGCGAGGGGACCUUCGCCAAGGUCAAGCUGGGCGUCGACAGGGAGACCAACGCCAACGUCGCCGUUAAGAUCAUCGACAAGGCGAUGGUGGUGCAGAACAAGCUUAUGUAUCAGGUGAAGAGAGAGAUCAGCGCGAUGAAGCUUCUGAAUCACCCCAACAUAGUUAAGAUAUAUGAGGUGAUCGCGACGAAGACCAAGAUUUAUCUGGUGAUGGAGUACGUCGCAGGAGGCCAACUCUCCGACAAGCUGGAGUAUCUCAAGAAGUUGGAUGAGAGAGAGGCCAGGAAGUACUUCCAGCAGUUGAUCGAUGCUGUGGAUUACUGCCAUAGCAGAGGAGUCUACCAUAGAGAUCUCAAGCCGGAGAACUUGCUGUUGGAUAGCAAGGGGAAUUUAAAGGUAUCAGAUUUCGGGCUCAGUGUGCUGAGAAAGCCUGGAGACUUACUAUCGACUGCCUGUGGGUCACCAAGCUAUGUGGCUCCUGAGGUGAUCAUCCACAAGAGUUACGACGGCGCCGCCGCUGACUUGUGGUCUUGUGGUGUCAUCAUCUUUGAACUACUCGCCGGCCAUUUGCCCUUUGAAGAUCGCAGUCUAAUGAACUUGUACAGAAAGAUAUCCAGAGCAGAAUACACAUGUCCAGAUUGGUUCAGCGAUUCUCAGAAGCAGCUCAUUUCCAGAAUAUUAGAUCCAUCACCGUUAAAGCGGGCUACGCUAUCAGAGAUCAUUGGGCACGAGUGGUUUCGGUUGGAUUGCAGACCUUGUUUGGGACAUGACAACGAUGAGAACGAUUCACUUCACAGCUCGGGUGAGGCAACUCAGGAGGUCGCAGGAAAGCCUUGGAGAUGCAUCAACGCCUUCCGACUCAUAGCCAUGUCCAACGAUCUCGAUCUGUCUGGUCUUUUCCAGGAGCAGAAAACAAAGCUUGGAUCAGAGCACCCUAUCGACGAAACGUUCGCGAAAAUUGAGGUCGCCGCCAAGGAUGUCAAGCUCUCUGUCAAAAGGAUAAACAGCUCCAGGGUGAGACUUCAUGACAGCAGAAGAAUAACAAGAAGCAGAUCACACUGCACCUUAUCAGCAGAGGUGGUGGAGGUAACACCCAACCAUUGUGUUGUCGAGGUAUCCAAAUCUGCAGGGGAUUUAGGAACAUACAAGGAGUUCUGCCAAAGCCUGUCAAGUUUGCUCAAGGACAACUCUGGUAGUUCAUCACAAGAAGAGACAUUGGGAGAUGGUGGAGAUGAUGACAGUGAUCUUACACUACCUGAUGUAACAACAAAGGUGGUGCAAAGCUUCAGUGGCAUUUCUCUAGUCCCCGGAAGCUGAUCAAAGAAAUAUGCUACUUACAGGAUGAAGUGAAGAGAACAAAGACGGAAGAAGAGCUAUCUCAUAAUUUCCAUGGUAGCCCUUCCUUACUUCUUGUGGACAACAGUGGCCUUUCAAGAGGUCAAUCAUAUAUAUAUUUUUUGGCAUCCUACAGUAGUCAUGUAAUGCUGGUGUAAUAAGUCAAUACAUGUAAUUGUUAUUGUAGAUGUGCACUGUGACAAUUCAUAAAGUAAUACUAGAUUUGUGAGGAGCUGGAAUUAUAUCUUA